CCUGCCCUCAACAAACAGAGCUCGUUCGCCUCCCCGCGGGGGAGUACCACUGCGCAAUCCGUUGUUGCCAGUGGGGCAGGGAGGAUGCUUUCCCCGCAGAAAGAGGUGCCUGAGGAGGCCGAGCUCAGCCACCGCUCCUCACUUGAUAGCAUCGCCGAGGAGGUCCGGCGUACUCUCCAGCUUGCAGAGGACGGUAGUGCCAGAGACCGUGAGGCGAAGCCGUACGUCAACAAAGGCAAGUCUGCCUCAGAGCCACCUGCAAGUGCGAUCCAGUCCCGCGUCCAGAUUACCGGGGAACCGUCAAUGCCCCAGACCGACAGCUACUCGCCUAGCGUCGACUCAAACUUCCCUGCUGGGACAAGUUUCCUCCCCAUCCCAGCUGCGCCUGCCAAAGGUGCAAGCUCGGAGAACCUCGCCAUCGCACAACAACUGCGCUCUCCAAGGUAUACUAAGCUGCUGACGCUUAAGCGUUCUCCGCACCGCGGGCUCACCGUCUCCCUCGCCGAUGUGGGCAGCUCAACCGGCCACCCGGUGUUCGUCUUCCUCGGCCUCGGCUGUGUACGCUACAUCAUCGGUCUGUACGACGAGAUGGCUGAAGCGCUUGGGCUCCGGCUUGUGUGCGUCGACCGUUGGGGCUUGGGUAAGACAGACGACGUCCCUGCGGAGAAACGCGGCUUACUUGAAUGGGCCGCCGUCAUGGAAGAAGUUGCGGACAUGAUGGAUAUUACUGAAUUCUCGAUGUUGGCACAUUCCGCUGGAGCCCCGUACAGCCUUGCCACGGCUUUGAGGCUUGGUAGGAGGGUUGCUGGCAGCAUCCACCUGCUGGCCCCGUGGGUCAGUACCACCGUCGAAGGCGGCUACAAGUGGCUCAAGUAUGUGCCAAAUGGACUGCUGAAGACCGCCCAGGCCGCGGAGUGGAAGGUGCAAGGCUGGAGGCUCGGCAAGCCGCCAACGAUCCAAUACCAGGCUAUUGGAUACAACGCCGCUACCGGCGCCUCGACCGGUGUGGACGAUCGCCAGAGCUUCCAGUUCAGCGACUAUGACGACCUUGCUGACUUUGAUGGCCGGUUCAGCAGUCGUACAAGUCUUCAAGCCACGAUCAAUGGUAUCAGCUCACUCCCUCCUAUCCCUCCCACCCCACCAACCUCGAGCGACGUCAGUCCCAAAGGUGUCGUGAAGCACAAGACAUCAAAAGGAAUUAUGAGUAUAUUCCGGGGCAACAAACAUAAUGGUGGCAUCUCACCCAAAACGCCAUCCUCCACCACUUCGACUUUGCCAAAGGGUUCCCGAGGCAGUUUCAUUACCGGCCGCAGGCACAGCAAUGCCGGACAGUCGAUUAUGAGUGCGACCAGCACUCUUCCGUCGCUCAAUUUGCCCACUAUCGAACCAGAUGACGUCGGCUUGGGCAUCAAGUUCGACAUUCUCGAAGAGUAUGCUAUGACUGGCGCCUUGCCGACCAGGAAAAGCGACGGCCCCCCGACGAUCAACCCCCGCGCUGGUCUGGGUCGGAGGUCAAUCUCGCUGACAUCCCGGAAUAGCAGCCGCAAUGGUGGACCAAGCGCACUGGCCGCACCCUUGAUGCAGCGUGCCAACACGUCGCCAACUGCGCCCCCGCCUAAGGCACCAGGCAAGGCCAUCACCCUCGCUGAUGCCCUUGUCCGUGCAUCACAUGCCGAGUCGCUCAAGGGUGGAACAGCAGACCUGCUCGCCAUCCUAGAGCGUGACUCUAAGCCAUGGGGCUUCUCAUACACCGACGUCCGACAUUCCGUGCUAGUGUGGUAUGGCGAGAAGGACGAAAAGAUCAGUAUCAACAGCGUGCGAUGGAUGGAGCGCGCUAUGACCGACUGCAAAGUUAAACUUGUGCAAGGUGCAGGGCAUUCACUACUCACCAACGCGCAAGUCGUCGUCGAGGCUCUCGAGAGCAUCGCAAAAGAAUGUGUCAUUCGCGAUUACUGAGCGCCGCCAUCCAGCACACCAGUAUAUAUACCCCACCACAUGUAUUCCCGCCUCUCUACCCAGGCCGGUUGUGUACCCUCGCGCCAGCGCGCACCGUUGUAUAUCACGCUCUCUCUCGCUGAACUCGCGCUUACGGCUACACCCAUCAUUCUACCCAUAUUCAACAUACCUUCGGUCCUUUAAUUUGUUGGUAUAUAAUCAGUUGUUUAUUCCCGCCACUUGGCUCGGUGGAUCCCAGUUAAUGUACAGUACGCGUACUCCAUAGAGCACACCAACC